UAUAUAUAGGGGUUUGCACUUCCUGAAGUUUUACGAAGCCGCGGCUUAGGAGACUUGGUAUGGCGGACAAGAAGACGAGCCAAGCCAAGCUGAGUAGCUGCGGGAGCAGCAUGAGCGACAGCGGAGCCAGCGCCGCUAGCGAGGAAGGAGAAGAGGGCGGCGGACGGGAGAACGAGAAGGAUCCGGACAAGGAGACGGCGGCGAGGUGUCCGAAACUAGACCUCGUCCUGCGGAAAAAGAGCGGGGGUCUUUCGGUGAGCUCUCUGGACAGCUCUGCCUCGGCGGAGAGUCUCUUGGAAGAGCUGCUGUGUGACAUUAGACGGUCGCGACCUGCCAGCCUGGCGUCCACGCCGACUUUCCUGAGUUGUUCGGAGCGCGGCUCGGACUGCGAAACUGACUGCGUCAGGGACUGCGGGCGCUCAGAGGCGGAGCUGAAGGGAAUGGGCAUUGGGCAGCUACGGACGGUGCUGGAGAACUUGGAGCAUGAGACGGACACUGUCAGUAGACUCCUGGUGAGACUGCUUCACGUGAGAGACAAACGGGCAGGUCGACUGGUGGCACAGUACGGGAAGCUGACUCUGGUUCUCAGACACUUUGCCAGGAGAAACAGUUUUCCAGGGCACAAGGAGUUACAGUUUACCCUCCAUAGACCUGAAUCACCAGACCAACACAGCCAGUGGUUGGCAGCCUGGACCGUUCUCUCGCAGUUGCCAAGAGGCAUUCCCAAACACUGGAGGAAAACGGUAUCUCUAUCCCUCUCUAUGUUUAGCUUCCCAAAGCAAGUUGCACAUGUCAUUAACUAAAAGAGGACCAAUGUUCAUUUUCCCUCACUUUGCAAGUUUGUCUAAGUUAUGAAAUUUGCAGUGUGAAGCUGCAAAAUGUAGAGACUGCAUCUACAAACAUACCAAAGAGUAUUUUAAGCAUCAUAAAUGCCAGCCUUAUAUUGCUGCCAAUGGCUGCAUGCAAUGAAUACAUUGUUGCUUUGUGCCAUAUAGCUAUGGAGUUCCUUGGCCGAGUACGGAACACGUGGCGUGAACUGGACAGUCCAGUUACAGAACCUGUUUAGCGAGUUUUCCACACCGGAGGACGAGAAACUGGGGACCCAGAUUGUCAAGGACCUCCAUCGUACCGGUACCACUGGAUUCAGCAGUGAAGAAGAGCAUGGCGUCUUGAAAAGAGUCCUACUGGCAUAUGCCAGGUACAACAAGAAGACGGGCUAUUGUCAAGGUUUCAACAUCCUCGCAGCCUUUAUUCUGAAGGUCGUGGAGUUUGACGAGGCCAUGGCUCUUAUGAUCCUGGUGUACGUGGUCGACCACACUCUCCCCGAGAACUAUUUCUCACACACUCUCUAUGCUCUCUCGGGCGACAUGGCCGUGUUUCGCCAUCUCCUCAAAUUCUACCUCCCCGAACUCGCCCUGCACAUGGAGACCCUUCAAAAAGAGGCUUCGGGGACAAUCAGGAAAUCAUACUCCUCUGAAAACCCUCCGGACAGACAGAGCGUUCAUGCCUAUGAACCUCCGCUGGCUGAUGUGUUUUCGAUGCAGUGGUUUCUAACAAUCUUUGCCUCCGUUCUUCCACGCAAGGCCUGUCGCCGAGUGUGGGACGCCAUAUUUCUGGAAGGAUCCGAAUAUGUUCUGUACACGGCUGUGGCCAUACUGGCUGUGAUGGAAAGGGACCUACUGCUCACCUCGACAGCAGCAGAUUUCUACAUGGCAAUGUCCAAACUGUCUGAACAGCUCAGGAAGGCCCACAUAAUGUCAUCGGCCGAAUUCUUGCAGGUGGUGUAUGCAAUUAAGAGAACCACGUCUUUCGAUUCUGACGAACCAGUCCCUGUCGUGUCUGAUUUGAGGGAGAAGUUCACGUACAAUAUCUACCCCUGCGGCCUUCAGCCAGAGUUGGGCGGGGCUAGGAAGGAGCCACGCCCAAUGGCACCGCUGCCGAGCAGAGGCGGUUCGUUCACAGCGGAGUCCAGCUGCGACGAGUCGCGAAAGAGAUCCAUGAAACUCCCAGAGAGGAGGAAAAACGGACAUGACAAGAAGAUGUGGGAUGUUAGAGAAACACCUUCGAAGGCCAGUCUCCAGAAAACACUGUGUGUCGGAGGAGAGGGAGACGAUUAUUCAACGGCCAUGUCUGGCCCUCUUCACCAACAGCUGCGACACCUCGGGAAACACUAUUCCUCCAUAGCACAGCAACCGACACACAUCCACUGCGACAUGCACCUCACUCCCCCCAUCGCCCGUGCCUUCUGCCCGCAACAGCAGAAAGACAGGAGCCCCGUACCAUACUACACUGCGUAUGCAGCAGACGUCCCUCUCAAAGUCAUCCAACAGAGUCGAGUGCUGAGUGGGUUCGAUCAGAUGGUUAAACUCCACGAACAGAGAAAGGAGCAGUUUAUGAUCUCCUUCACAGAGCCUUAUCUGCAAACCGGGGAGACUGGGGAGGGAGGGGGAAGUGGAACUAACGCAGCCUUGACACGCUCAUGUUCAAACCAAUCAAAUGUUCACAAAAUCAUCUUCCGCUUUCACGUUUUUCAGCAUGAAUUUUACCUCAUCUUCACUCUGCCCCUUCAUCGGCGCUGUUUAAUAUUUUCUUGUUCAAAAUAAACGUCA